AUGUCUGAAGGGAGUGUUUUGAUGAAUAUUGACUCUAACAAAGAGAGAGAGUCCCUGAACGAGGACGAAGCCAUUCAAAAUAAAGUUUUACAUGGGGGGCAAAUUUUGUUGAAGGACAAUGUCUUGAAGAUUGAAACAAACAAUAACAACGGGAACGAUGUGACCACUUUUGGGUUGCAAGGUCAAGGUGUUCUGCAAGCGCAACAGCAACUGAAGCCUCGAGGGACGGUGGUAUGUUGGGAGCAAUUACUUCAUGUGAGAUCCAUUCAGGUCAUGCUGGUGGAGAAUGAUGAUUCUACACGGCAUGUUGUCUCUGCUUUGCUCCGAAAUUGCAAUUAUGAAGUGGUCGAAGCAGCUAAUGGAUUGCAAGCAUGGAAGCUUUUAGAAGAUUUAACCAACCAUAUCGAUCUCGUACUUACAGAAGUAGUAAUGCCUUGUGUAUCUGGAAUAGUUCUUCUUUCCAAGAUCAAGAGUCACAAAACACGCAAAAACAUUCCUGUUAUUAAUAAUAAAACAAAGAAACCUGGUUUUGUUGCACCUCGAGAAUCUAAAUCUUCAGCUGUAGAAACAGCUAAAGAAAAUGAAAAGAGGAUAAGGGCUGUAAGACGAGUGCACGCUGUGUCAACCGAUGAAGCCUCUCCAAGUGGUUUAGAACUGGAUUACAAUGUAGCUGCUGCCACAUGA